UUGAAGGAAAGGGGUGGGCAGGGGACCUGACAUGCCAUUAAGUUGCAGACUCUUUGGUGGAGACUUCAGAGAUUAAAAACAAUCAGAGCACGCAGCUUCCCUUUCCGACUGCAGCUGUGCGCGGAGCUUCGUCGACUGAUUCAUGUGAUUUACAACUGGAAAACAUCAGGAGUAAUUCUCCGUGAAGACUGAGACAGUUUGGGCAGCAAUGUCUCAGCUGUACUAUAAGAAAGCUGACAGCUCCACGUACAGGGACCGCAUCCCUCUGCGGAUCGUGCGGGCAGAAUCGGAGCUCUCUGCUCUGGAGCGGGCCUACCUGGGGGCUGUAGAGAAGGGGGACUACGCCAGCGUGAAGCAAGCUCUGGAAGAGGCUGAGAUCUACUUCAGGAUCAAUAUCAACUGCGUGGACCCCCUGGGACGCACAGCUCUGCUCAUUGCUAUUGAAAACGAGAACCUGGAGAUUAUUGAGCUGCUCCUCAGCUAUAAUGUACACGUGGGUGAUGCCCUGCUACAUGCCAUCCGUAAAGAGGUAGUGGGGGCCGUUGAGCUGCUGCUCAACCACAAGAAGCCACGUGGGGAAAAGCAGGUUCCAUCGGCUCUGCUGGACAAACAGUUUUCAGACUUCACCCCAGACAUUACUCCGAUCAUCCUGGCAGCUCAAACUAACAACUAUGAGAUCAUCAAACUGCUCUUGCAGCGAGGGGUUUCUAUACCCCAGCCACACGCUAUACGUUGCAACUGUAUGGAGUGUGUGUCCAGUUCAGACGUGGAUGUCCUGCGUCACUCCCGUUCUCGUCUAAACAUCUACAAGGCCCUUGCCAGCCCGUCACUCAUUGCCCUCUCAAGCGAGGAUCCUUUCCUCACGGCAUUUCAGCUUAGCUGGGAGCUGAAGGAGCUCAGCACGGUGGAGAACGAAUUUAAAUCAGAGUAUGAAGAGCUGUCCCGUACAUGUAAACAAUUUGCAAAGGACCUCUUGGACCAGACUCGUAGUUCCAGAGAGCUGGAAGUAAUCCUCAAUUACCGUGACGACAUCAACCCGUUGCUGGAUGAGAACAUUAAUGAGCUUGCCCGACUGAAACUGGCUAUCAAAUAUUCCCAGAAAGAGUUUGUUGCUCAGCCCAACUGCCAGCAGCUGCUGGCGUCUCGCUGGUAUGAUGAAUUCCCAGGCUGGAGGAGGCGUCACUGGGCAGUAAAGCUCAUCACUUGUAUCUUCAUUGGCCUUACGUUUCCACUGUUAUCCAUCUUCUACCUGAUCGCUCCAAAGAGCCGCUAUGGCUUAUUCAUCCGUAAGCCUUUCAUCAAGUUCAUCUGUCACACUGCUUCCUACCUGACCUUCCUCUUCCUGCUCUUCUUGGCCUCGCAGCAUCUACAGAGUGAUGAUCGGUUGGAACACCGUCAGGGCCCACCACCCACCAUUGUGGAAUGGAUAAUCCUGCCCUGGGUGCUUGGCUUUUUAUGGGCUGAGAUCAAACAGAUGUGGGAUAGUGGUUUUGAGGACUACAUAGAUGACUGGUGGAACCUGAUGGAUUUCAUAAUGAACUCUUUGUAUCUUGCAACAAUUUCACUGAAGAUUGUUGCCUAUAUUAAGUAUAGUGCAAAGUGCCAGUUGAGAGACACCUGGGAAACGUGGCACCCAACAUUGGUGGCAGAGGCAUUGUUUUCCAUCGCCAACAUUUUCAGCUCCUUGCGUCUCAUUAGUCUUUUCACUGCCAACUCCCAUUUGGGGCCUUUACAGAUUUCAUUGGGCCGCAUGCUUCUGGACAUACUUAAAUUUCUCUUCAUCUACUGUCUAGUGCUGCUAGCAUUUGCCAAUGGCCUCAACCAGCUCUAUUUUUACUAUGAAACAAAUAAUGGGACUUGCAAGGGCAUCCGCUGUAAUCAGCAAAACAACGCUUUCUCCACGCUAUUUGAAACACUGCAGUCAUUAUUUUGGUCUAUCUUUGGGCUGAUUAACCUGUACGUGACGAACGUGGAGCCGGACCAUACAUUCACAGAAUUUGUCGGCUCUACCAUGUUUGGCACCUAUAAUAUCAUCUCCCUGGUAGUGCUUCUAAACAUGCUAAUUGCAAUGAUGAACAACUCAUACCAGCACAUUGCUGAUCAUGCAGACAUAGAGUGGAAAUUUGCACGAACAAAAUUAUGGAUGAGCUAUUUUGAAGAAGGGGGAACUUUGCCAUCUCCAUUCAAUUUAAUUCCCAGUCCAAAGUCAGUUUAUUAUCUAAUUGGAUGGAUAAAAACACAUUUGUUUAGGAGACCAAGCACAAAACGUCUUGAAACCUUUGAAACUUUGGGGAGACGUGCAGCUGAAAAUGUAAAAUUAAGCCAUGAGUAUCAGGAGGUUUUGAAGAACCUCAUGAAACGAUAUGUGGCUGCAAUGAUUAGAGAUGCCAAGACAGAGCAGGGGUUGACAGAGGAAAAUUUCAAGGAGCUCAAACAGGAUAUCUCCAGCUUUCGCUUUGAAGUUCUGGGAAUGAUGAAAGGUAAACCUGGGCUAGCAGGUAAUAUUGCAAGUACCACCUUGGCUUACCCUGGAAAUCCAUUCAAAUAUUCUCCUAAAUUCCCUACUGAUGAGUCUCAACAGAACCAGGACAUCUUUGAUAUGUUCACUGCCACUACCAACACUACCAACACCACCCUACAACCUGCCAAAAUCACCAGGUCUGCUUGCUUUAAUAGCCAAACCAGUGGUUCAGUUAUUUUGUCUACUGCAGGACAGACUCAAAAAGAGGCUGCCAAAGAAGAUUCAAACCCUGGAUCCCUUCACAAAAGGAAAAAACUCCCUUCUCUGAAAUGUGAUGAAAUAUGUUCAUUGCCAGAGGAAGAAAUGUUGGGUACUGAUGAAGAAAUGCAAGGAAAACAUCAGACUGAGGACAUAAUUGUGGACGUUUCACAGACUGAUGAGAAGGAAUUCAAGGACAUUAAACCUUCUUGCAAAGAACUUGAUAAGGAUGGGCCGACAAAAUAUAACAAUUAAUCUGCCAGCAAGUAAAACUUAAAAUAGUUUAUUGAAAUAAGUUUGCUUGUGAUAAACUGUACUGUAGUAAAUUACCUAUUCUGCUUAAUCAUGAAUUCUAUCCAGUGUAUAAUGGUAUUAGACAAUCACAAAUUAUAUGACAUGCAUACAACCACAAAAAUAUGUGGUGAGGAUGGGCGUCAGUGCCGACUUGAUGCUCAAGCAAUUGCCAAACAUAUUACUAAUUUAUGUUUUAAACUGAGCAAUUCAUUCCAAAGAAUCCUUACAACCCACUGCCUAUCUUCUACUCUUUUAUUGCCUACUUACUAUGCUAUGCAAAAAUACUGUAUCUUAUCCAGUUAUUUGUACGAAAGAAAUAAUCAACAGUUUUAACACUGAUAUUGUAUUCAGUACUGGAGGUAAUUUGAAAUUUAAUCAUUCUAUCAAGUACACAAGCACCUUCUCUCCUACACUGGGAGGUGUAAGGGAAAGCUUUUUUCUUAUUUUUGCAGUUGUAGCAGACGAUGUAAUCUAGAUGAUGUAAUCUAGAUUUGGUCCUGUAGUAACUGUUGUAACCUUGCAGGCAGUGUUGCGGACUAGUGAACUACAUUUAACUUAAUUUAUAGUUUAACUUAUUUUGCAAUAACUUUCAGUUGAUCCACAAUAAUGUAAGCACUUCAUUUGUAUGUUUUUGUGGGUGCUUAGCUGUUAAAGCUAUAACUUUGACCCAUUUAUUUAAACAGUUUUACGAUUGCAGUCAACAAGCUUUUAAACUAGGUAUAGCAGGGUGGUAUUGCCCAGCGUUCACUAAGCAACAUCGUCAGUGAUAAAAGUGAUGGGGGUUUUUUUCAAAAGAGUUUUACAUGCCUAGGCAACUGUGUGAUGGCCAGUGUGCCAGUGUGUGCAAUGAUUCUUUUUUUAAAUAUUUUGUUAAAAUGUCAUAUCAUAUGCAGAUUGCCAGUUUAAUCUUCUUUUUUUUUAAAGAAAAAAUCAGUUUGAAGUUAUAUUUAAAAGGGGCUCCAUACAAAUUUCUUCAUGUGUUGAUUUAGGUGUAGUUCUUCCAGUUCUUUCAGUAUGAUUUACAUUUUCAUAACACUGCUUGCAAGGUUAAAGGCAUUCUAGAAAUAUGUGAUAACUCUUCCGUUUAGUAACUUGUCACAUGUAUUUAAAUUGCUCUGAAUAAAUAAAAUCAAAUGCUACUGUAAGUGUUAUCUUGUCUUGCUACCACAUGUGCCUCUCUUCAGUUAGAAGUCCUCCAGUUGUUUGGUUGUCUUUUGGUAAGCAAAGACAUUUCUGUGUGUUUGGUCUAUGUCAGGGCCUUCUAAACUACUGAGAAAAGGAUUAAUGAUAGGACCCAUAAAUACUGUAGAAAUAGAAACAUAUUCUAGAAAUAGAAUACGUAACUUAUUUCUUAUUAGAAAUCAGCUAAAACUAAAUUUUUCUCAGAUAAUCAGAGACACAUCUUGAUUUUACAUUUGAGAAUGAAUGGUUCAAUGGUACAGUAUCUUGAGCAAGGGUGAGGAAUGUGUAAAUUCGCUUUUGGCUGAUUUUUGUUUUUAUGUUUUAGCUUCUCUCUGAAACACUUUUUGAUUUUAUCUUGAAAGGUGCUAUAGAAAUAAAAUGUUACUUACUUACUUUACUGUGGAAUGCCUAUAUUUGUAGUAAUGCUGGCUAAAGUUCCAUCACUAAUCCUGACACACUGGCUGAGGGAAAGGUUGAAGAUGAAGAAGAGAACAUCAGCUAACUCGCUGGCAUGCUCUGAGAGUCCUGCUGCCUUAUGGGGGUUGAGCUUCCUCACUGCUGUGUGUACCUGAGCUCAUGAGAUUGUUAGGCGAGGUGAUGAGGGGCAGGUGGUCCUAUGUGUAUGUUUCCUCUCUGUGUUAUAACUGGAGGUCUCAAAACAGGUGUAGAAGGUAUUGAGGUCAUUGGACACGCUGUCUAUGGAGCUGGUGAUGCUGGUAGUGCUUGUGUAGUCUGCGAUGUGUUGUAGGCCUAGCCACAUGUGCCUGGAGUCAGCAGUAGAAUAGAAGCCAUCCAGCUUCUCUCUGUAUUAUUAAGGACGGAGUUGUUUAAGUAACAGGAAAUAGGAAAUGCUUAGAUGUCAGGGCUUUUAAGUGUGUAAUGGCCCAAGAAAGAUGUCUUGGCCCAUUGUUGUAUGUUAUCUUUCCUAAUGGCAUAACAGUCAUCCUUAAUAAGGCUAUUAUUUCUAUGUAUCCAAAUUAUUCAUCAAUAUAUAUAUUAGUUACCACUAAGAAAGAGUUAAAUGUUAAGUGGAAAAGGAGCAAUAAAGUGAUUUUGAAUGUCUGUAAAUCAAAUAGCAUUAUACUUGGUUCUAACCUUUCUAUUUGAAAAACUCGAAAUUUAAAGGUUUCUAUUAAUGGUGUGUUUGUUGACCAAGUUCAUGAGACCAUUGUACUGUGUAUAAUCUUAGUAAAUUAUCCUGGACAGAACAUAUCAAGAUAGUUGCUAAAAUAGGAAAUGGGAUUUCUGGGUUUAAAAGACCAGGCUCAACCAGGUCAUUUCAUGAUUUUAAUUAUUGCCAAUUAAUAUUGAUGAGAUUUCUUUUUUAAAAAACCUCUCUAAAUGUUAUAAAACAGUUAACUCUUAUGCUUUUAUUAUGAUGUUAUACAUCUGUGUGGAGAUUGUAAUAGUGCACUGUUAAAGUUUAAAGACCCGUGACCCCAGGAAGAAUAGCUGCUUUAGCUAAUGAGGAUCUUAAUAAACUAAACCAAACCUAAUUGCUUAAAUCUUGUUUGUGCUUGGAGAAAAGAAUUUAGUAAAUAGUUUACCUUUUCUCUACUUGUAUAUACAGUCCUUCUUCUAUGGAAUAGUGUUGCACAGCUGUCCUCAAUAUGUUUCCUUUUUCACAGACUGUGUGACGUGUUAGAGGAAAAAAAAAACACUAAAGGCAUAUUUUUCUUUCUCAUAUAUGACAAAUAAUGCUAAUUCUGUUUUGUUAUGAACUAUAAAUUCUUACAUUUGGAGCUCUUCUUA